AGUCUUGGCUGAACAUUUACCAUUGACUCCUGAAGCACUUAAAGUUUCCGUCAAUUCUAUACAGCAAUGUUUGCAUUUACAAUGGACUGUCCACAACCUUCCUUACAAUAAGGAAUUUAAAAUGGUAUUUCAGAUACAGAUCAGUAGAACUGAAACAUCCAAUGUCAUCUGGGUGGGGAAUUACAGCACCACUGUGAAGUGGAAUGAAACUGUGCAUUGGAGCUGGGAAUCCAAGCUUCCUUUGGAAUGCGCGGCACACUUUGUAAGAAUAAGGAGUGUGGUGGAUGAUGCCAAGUUCCCUGAGCUGAAUUUCUGGAGCAGCUGGAGUUCUUGGCAGGCGGUCCAUGUACAAGAUUUUCUUGGACAGGAUGCACUGUUUGUUUUCCCUAAAGAUAAGCUAGUAGAAGAAGGCUCCAACGUCACCAUUUGUUACAUUUCUGGAAACAUUCAAAAUAACAUAUCCUGUUAUUUGGAAGGUGAACAGAUUCACGGAGAACAACUUGAUGCUCAUGUAUCCACAUUCGAGUUGAAAAAUGUUCCUUUCAUUAGGAAAAGAGGGACAAAUAUCUACUGUGAGGAGAACCAGAGAAAUGCCAUAAGCGAUGGCACCGUUCUCUUUGUCUCAAAAGUACUUGAGGAGCCCAAGGACUUUUCUUGUGAAACCAGGGACUUCAAGACUUUGAGCUGUACUUGGGAUCCCGGGACAGACACUGCCUUGGCUUGGUCUAAACAACCUUCCCAAAGCUACACUUUAUUUGAAUCAUUUUCUGGAAAAAAGAAACAUUGUGAAGAGAAAAACCGGUGCAACUGGCAAAUAACUCAAGACUCCCAAGAAAUAUAUAACUUCACACUCAUAACUGAAAAUUACUUAAGGAAGAGAAGUGUCAAUCUCCUUUUUAACCUGACUCAUCGAGUUCAUCCAAUGAGUCCCUUUAAUGUCCAAUUUGAAAAUGUAAGCGCCACAGAUGCCGUCAUCACCUGGAAGGUGCACUCCACUGGGGACUAUUUCACAUUUUUGUGUCAGGUUGAACUCCAUGGCGAAGGAAAAAUGAUACAACAGCACAAUGUUUCUGUCAAGGUGAAUGGCAAAUACCUUUUAAAUGAACUGCAGCCCAACACAGACUAUGUAGCCCAAGUCCGCUGUGCUGACGCCAACCACUUCUGGAAAUGGAGUGAAUGGAGCGGUGGAGACUUCACCACACCUGAAGCUGCUCCCUCAGAGGCUCCUGAUGUCUGGAGAACCAUGAAGUCAGGAAGUCAUAAUGUGACCUUAUUCUGGAAGCCACUAUCAAAAUUUCAUGCCAAUGGGAAGAUCCGGUUCUAUAAUGUCGUUGUAGAAAACCUGGACAAACCGUCCAGGUUAGAGCACCACUCCAUUCCUGCGCCGGCCAACGGCACAGAGCUAACCCUGGACCAGUGUUCUUACCGAAUCCGCGUCACAGCCAGUAACAGCGCGGGCACCUCUCCCGCCGCUGUAAUGGUUGUGUCUGCAGACCCUGGAAACAAAGAGGUUGAAGAAGAAAGAAUCAAAGGCACAGAGGAUGGAUUUUCUAUGUCCUGGAAACCCCAGUCUGGAGAUGUCAUGGGCUAUGUUGUAGAGUGGUGUGACCGUCCCCAGAACCCCCUCUGUGACUUCCAGUGGAAGAACCUAGGUCCCAAUACUACAAGUACAGUCAUUAGCUCAGAUGCAUUUAGACCAGGGGUCCGAUACAACUUCAGAAUUUAUGGGUUAUCUACAAAAAGGAUUGCUUAUUUCACUCUGAGUUGGAAGAAUUAUUCCACUAAAUCCCAGCCUGCUUUUAUAAAAGGAUACCGUGUCUAUCUGAAAUCCAAGGCGGGGCAGUGCCACCCAGGAGUUGAAAAGGCAGUUCUUUCAGAUAAUACAGUAUGUUGCCAAUACAAAAUCGACAACCCAGAACAAAAGACAUUCACUGUGGAAAACCUACAGCCGGAAUCCUUCUAUGAGUUUCUCGUCACUCCAUACACGAGCGUCGGUGAGGGCCCCCGUGGUACUUUCACGAAGGUCAGGACUCCGGAUGAAUACCCCUCCAUGCUGCUUCGCGUCAUCCUGCCUGUGAGCUUCUGCGUCAUGCUCCUGGUGCUUGGGUGCCACCUGAAGAGUCAGUGGAUGAAGGAUAAGUGUUAUCCUGACAUCCCAGACCCUUACAAGAGCAGCGUCCUGUCAUUAAUCAAAUCCAAGGUAAAUGCUGGGAAAUUGUAUGUACACCAUAUGGCUAUUGAGGACUAA